AUGCCGACCACUACUACCUGGCAGCGCAACUCUGGAGGGCAUCGUCCCAACCCAAGUGAGGCCCCUGCCAUCCAGCUAUUUGACAAAGUAAUGGAUCCAACAAAAUUCGCAACAAUUUCUGUGGAGGAUUUAGUUGGUGACAAUGGGCUGAAUCUAAUGAGUGAUUUUUGUACUCGAAUCGGUCAGGACCCUCCUGUCGGCCAGAGAACCAACAAGCCCAUGGCGGCCUCAGCAUUAUGCAAGUACAUAGAGGCGUUGUGCAAGGCACUUAGAACAAAGUAUGGCCGGUCUCCACAAUUUCUGAAUUUCCCACUUUUCCCUCCUGGAGAUGUUAAUGCGCUGAAGAAAACCUUCACCGAUCGCCAUGGCAGGACCCUCAUGCAGGGAAGGGACGACGAUGCCAUCCUACGCGACUACUACCCCAUCCCCCGAGAGCAUUCACAGAGAACAAAGCUAUUGCCCCUCCAUGAUUUUUCAAAUCCGGCGCAUCAGCAGCAGGCACGGAGCGUUGACCUGCUCCGGGUGGCCACAAAACUUCUACGUACAGGACAGAUCAACGAACUACUGUUGGUACUGAUAACAAACAACGCAGUUGGAAGGGGCGGCGAAUCCAAAUUUUUGAGCUAUGACAAGAUGUUCUGGGAUUGUUAUUUUGGAAUGACAUUCUUCCAAUGGUUUCAGAGGAAGGAACUCAAGACCAGCCCAUCGGCAUUCGUCCAGGAUUUUGAGCAUCCGGAGCUGUGCGUGUUGUUUGCUUUUGGGUUGUUUUGGUCACUGGACAACGGAUUGGUCAGACCGGCCGCAAUGAUGGCCUCACCUGGCUCUCCACUCUACCGCAGGUCAAAAUUCGUGUUCCAUGAGUUGCAUGAGACACAGGAUAGCUCGGUGGCUGAGAAGAUUACCAAGAUCAUUCGCGCAUGCAUCCACCACAACAUCCAAUCAUACUACACCGUGAAGAGUCUUCGUGCUGGUGCGAUGUCCCGUCUCGCAUGGCUUCCCACUGUGACGUACGAAGAGUGCAUUGCACUUGGAGGUUGGAGCACGAAAGCAAGUCGAGACUGGUAUGUGUGGCAGUAUUUGGUGGCGGUCAUUCCAGGUGCACUGGCUCUGGCUGGCUACCCAGAUCCACGACAACUUCCAUACAUUCCAACGUGUGAGGUUCUUUUCGCUGACACCGACCAAUCAAAGAUCUUUCCAAGAGACAAGUUUGCUCCCUUCCAGCGUGAUCUCUUCCCCAACAGCCUGCCAGAGCUUGCACCCAAUGGUAGGCUAAGGCCAUUCAUGGACAUCGUGACAACAGUGAUGGUGAAGAAUUACCGCCACAUGGAAUCGAAGUACGGUGCUGACCAUCGGUAUGUCCACCGGAUGAAAAUGGUGGUGCAUGCUGUUGGACUGGCUCCGGAUUUGGUGGAAGCAGGCAACAAACUCCGGUACUGGUCCAAAAAAAUUGUGGAUGACAUUGCACACAACAACAAAGAUGACAAUGGAGUGCUCCUUCGAGCGACAGUAUCCGACAAACUACAAGAGCUAUCCAGCAACGUGUGCGAUCUACUGCGGAGCAGACAACAAGAACAGCUCAACCAUGGCUUAAUUCUUAGCUCUAUUGCGGAAUUGAAGACUGGUCAGUCAGACGUCGUUCAAGCAGUAACCGAUAUGCAGGCGCAGAUCACUCAGCUUACGCAGCUGGUACAGAAUCAUCUCAGAGUAUCCGCAGCUGGGACAGCCACAUCAGUUCGAACACUGUCUACCCCUACACGAAGAUCUCCACGCCACCCUCAACAACCACAACAACAACAAACUCCACCACCAGCGCCUCCUCCUCCACCACCAAGUCCUCCACCACCACCUCCUCGGCCACCAACACCAGUCCGACAGGCACUCAUCAGAGCUGGACCAACGGCAGAAGCAGGACGGAGAGGUACCCGCAACCGUGAACGCAAAAUGGUAAAUAUUCUGGUGUCGUUGUACCAACACAAUGACUUCAAGAAUCUACGAACGAACGUGCAGCUCCGGUCACUGGCUAAUAUUGUCAAUCUUCGGACCAACGGUGACAGCAGGAAUCUGAAAAAGGUGGAGGCAGCACUCGAUCUUGUUGACUGCCUUUGGUCUCCGGAUACCAGAACCAAAGCAAUUAACAGGAGUUUCACGGAUGAAGCUGCAGCCCAAGAAGCUUUCGCUGAUGUGGACAAGAGAGUCAAGCGUGCAUGCCAUAUCUACGAUGCACCAGGAGACCACUACAUCCCCAAUUCGCGUCGAUCUACUGCUGUUACCGGAGUCGGAAACCUUAUUUUAAAGAAGGGACGCGAGUCCUUUUUUGAUGCGAUCCAAACAAAAAUGCCCAAGUGGAACCGAGUGCCACCAAUUGCUCCUGGCCAACAGACUCUGUGGGAUAUCAUCGUGGUCAAGGAGAACGCUAUCAGAAGCAGAGUCGGUAUCCGUCGACAACGGUAG